AUGAAUUCUAGUAAUACUCGUACUGUUCCGGUACAAUUAAUUAGGAAGACAUCGGUUGAUGAUUUUAAUGAACGAAUGAUCGGAAUGUUGGAUCAAGUGGAAAAACGGGUGGAACAGCUAAGAAAUUUUCGUAUUGUUCGACCAGUAAAUUCAUCAUCAUCAUCAUCAUCAGCUAACCAUUUGUUUGACAUAGAGCAAGACGGUUACGCAAAUCAUCAUUCACAUCAGACAGUAAUGAAUUCUAGUAAUACUCGUACUGUUCCGGUACAAUUAAUUAGGAAGACAUCGGUUGAUGAUUUUAAUGAACGAAUGAUCGGAAUGUUGGAUCAAGUGGAAAAACGGGUGGAACAGCUAAGAGAAUCAGCUGGACUAUUGGAACAAGAAAAAGAAUCAUUAAUUAAUAUGCUUGGAAAUGUGAAUUUAGAUUCUGAGCUAUUACGUUUAGGACAAGGUGAACGAGACGAUAUUAGUGCGACAGCUAGUCGUUUAUUAAAUCGUUGUAAAGCUGUUGAAGUUGUCGUAAAUACGCCACGUAAUGCGGAACAAGCACAGGCUUUAAAUAAUGUUAAUAAUUUGAUUGAAGCAGCGAUGAAUAAGAUGAAAGAAGAUUUAAAUAAUGCAAAAGAGGCAAUGAAGCGUUUUUUAAAUGCUUGUUCACCGGAUCCACCCGAUGGACCAAUUGAUCAACGAUUCCAAGCUCAAGUCAUCGAAUGUACAGCAGAUGACCAGAAGAAAAUUCGUCGUCGUUUAGGCAUUUUGAUUAAUCAGAUCGAACGUGCUCAACGUUACAGUGCUCCAGAAUUUUAAAAACUAUACCAUUUGCUUACGCUUAUCAUUUUUGC